UGUUAUAUGAAUUGAAGUGAAAGUAAAACUGUUGGCAAAACUGUGGGUAAAAGUGUGGGCAAGAAUGCAGUUACUCAAUCACUUAGAAUUUUGCAACAAGCAGUGUCCUAAACUCAGAAUCAGACAGCUUGACUUUCAGUCGACGUCUCAGCACAGCGAAGAAUUCAUGUGGAACACAGCUGAAAAAAUUCUGUACUUAACAGCAAUGGGAGGACAAUCAUCUCAACCUAUUACUGCUUCUUCUACCUGUAAACUUCUUUAUGAACCAUGGAGGCAAAUAGAUUGGGGAAAAAAACAGGAAUCUCUCCAGUACGUGAAUGACUACAAACCUUUUGAUGAAAACCAAAAGCUCAGGAUUCUUCUUUGUGGACAAUGUGGAGCUGGAAAAUCCAGUUUCAUCAACUCUGUCCAAAGUGUUUUAAGAGGCAGGAUGUACAGACAGGCUUUGGCAGCCAACACCUCUGGUGAUAGUUUCACCAAAAAGAACACGACCUACAAGAUCCAAAGAGAACGUCCAGACAAAUUUUACCCUUUUGUCUUCAAUGACAUCAUGGGCCUCAGCGGAAUCAAAGGUGUUCUUGUAGACGACAUAAAACAAUCAUUGCAGGGACAUGUGAAGGACAAUUACAAGUUCAAUACAGACUCUAAAUUGGAAGAAGGUUCUGAGCAUUUCAACAAAGCUCCGACUAAUAAUGAUGUGGUUCAAGUUUUGGUGUGCGUCGCUGCUGCUGACACGCUGUCAGUCAUGAGUGACGACGUCCUGAGGAAGUUUAAGGAAAUCAGGAAAGAAACAAGUCAACUAGACGUUCCUCAAAUAGCCAUUCUCACCAAAGUUGAUGCAGCCUGUCCAGAGGUGAAGAAGGAUUUGAAGAACGUCUACAGGUGCAAACGUCUGAAAGAGAUGAUGGAAAGUUUCAGUGCAAAUACAGAGAUUCCCAUGAACUCCAUCUUUCUCAUCAAGAACUAUCAUGAGGAAAUCAACCUCAACGACGACAUCGACUCACUGAUCCUUAAUGUCCUGACACACAUUCUCAACACUGGAGAAGACUUCGUCAACAGGAAGCUGUAGACAAUGUUCACAAAUGCAGUAGAUCGGAGAGAUUUACUUCUGCAAUCAGAAAUAUUUUUAAAUAUCAAAGUAAUUUGAAAUGUACCUGUAAUGGAAAAUUUGUUUCUUCUUUUUUUCUGUGCAAUUGUCAUAUGAUUUAUGACUUAUGUUCUGCAAUUAAUAUCUUGUGUUUUGUCUUACAUCCGUUUUAUGCAUUUGACAUUUCACCUACACUGUACAUUGUUCAAUGUCUGCCUCUGCCUGAUGGACGCUGGCUCUUAUCUAGCGCCCAAGCCCAAGGCAGGGGAGUUGUGUCUCUCUCUGUUUGUUGGCAUUUAGUUGCCUUCCAUGGCAGCCCAGUGCUCCCCCAUGGGAUGGGGUAAUACAAGACCAAUUACGUUCUUACAUUGUAUGUGAUAAUGACCAAUAAAGGCUUUCUUUUUUUCUUCUUCCUCUCUGAUAGUCAGACGCCAGUGAUGCAGGUGUGAGAAUGUAAACGUCUCCACACACACGGUGACAGGGAUGAGAUGGUGCAUGCAGUCUGAUUGGUCUACACAGACAACAACGAGAGACUAUUUUAAUCUUUUUAGUAGGUAAAAGAAGUCAUCUGAAUCUGUGUAACUCUGAGACCCACCAGCCUCUGGACCAAUGCCUCUAAAGUACAGGACAAAAAUGUUUUCCAAACUGCCUUACACCUGGAGCAGGAAACAAAGAGCAGGUUUGAUCUUCCUGAACUGAUCGGACAGAUGCUUGUUAUUUAUUUGAUAGUUGAUAGUUGGACAGAGGGGUUAAAAGGCAGAAGCAACUUGAGGAUCGUGGGCUCUUUGCAUCACACCUAGAGGUGUGUGCACUGAUCUCCCCAGCAGCUUUUUGGUUUGUUGAUGUGCACAAUCAACAUCCAUGUUUUUGAUUCUAUCAAAAAUAUCUGACGAUAUCCAACAAACUCAAAUUCAAACUCAAAUCUUAAUUUGGCUCGGCCCGGUGAGAGAGAUUUCUUUAUGUGGUGAUUGAUUUGAUUUGGGAAAAAUAAAAAACAGAUUGAAA